GAAUUUUAAUUUCAUAUAUUGGUAAGUAAUAACUAGGCAUAUAUAGUGACAUGACAUAUAUAUAUACAUAACUGAUAUAGUGAAAUAAAUAUAAAUGAAGUAAACAUAGUAUUUUAUAAUGGAAAACUUUAUUCCAACACGAGUAUCAAAAAUAAAAAAGGAUGGUGUAAAAAGAUUUGUAUUAAUAAAUUAUGAAAAACCAAAAAAAAAGAUAGAAAUUGUUAAAAGUGAGGAAAAUAGUGAUGCACAAACUUCUAGAUUCAAUGUGACAAAAAACAAAUGGAAUAAAAAUGAUGAUGCAAAGAAACGAGAAUUAGAUAUGAAACGCGCCAGAUACGAGGUUAUGAAAUUUGGCAUGUCUGGUUUCAAAGGAGCAGAAGCAGAAGAAGCAGAAGUUGCACUUGCUAUAAGUUUAGGAGCAAAACCCUCAAAGAAGAAAGGUAUUAAUUAUAAAAUAUUGCAAAAUGAGAAAAAAAAUCAUAAGGAAACUUGUCAGAAAGACAUAACAUUAGCAUCAAGUCUUAAAAAAAGUCUAUUAAAUGACAAACAUAAAAAAACACGUAAAAGUUCCGACAGUUUGCUAAAGAUUUAUGGAAAAAUAAAUAAAAAAAAUACUGGGUAAAAGUUAAAAAUAAAAUUUUAACUAUUAACAUUUAAAAUAUUUUUAGUUAUUUUGUUCAAUAGUUACAACAUUAACUAAUUGUCUAACAAUAAUAUAUUUCAUGAAUUGUAUAUUAUAUAUAUAUAUAUAUGCGUAUGAAUAACAAGUAAUAAAAUAAUAUUUUUAUA